CUGCUUCACGCAGUCGGCGCCUCCAUUCUGCUCCCCUCCCUCCUUGUCUUCUUCCGCUUAGCCCCCUCAUCUUCCCAUAUAUUACGCGCUCCUCUCCACGCCCCCAAGCUCCUUGUUUUGUUAAACACCGCAACUGCCUGGGGCUCCUUCUCCAGGGGGUGCUCGAGGUUUCCGCUAUUCGCGAACAGGUCCCUGUCUUCCCUUUCCUCGCCGCCCCCGCCAUGGACACCAAGAAGCAGGGCUUCUUCUCGGCGCUGCGGGAGGAGGUGGCGCGCGGGCUGUCGCCGGCGAGGGCGCGGCGGCGGUCGGCUUCCAACGCGGCCGAGGUGGCGGCGGCACUGCGCGUGGCCGGAGGAGCUGGGGAGGCGCUCGCGCCGCUCAUGGAGGGCCCGGAUCCGGAGGCCGGCCCGGGCGCGGGCGGCGGUGGCGUGCGGAGGGAGGGGUGGGGCCGGUGGGUGCGCGGCCAGCUCCAGCUCGCGCGCGCGCCGGCGCCGGCAGGGGCGGACGCGGGCGCCGCCAGGCGGAACGAUCUCAGGCUGCUGCUCGGCGUCAUGGGCGCGCCGCUCGCGCCCGUGCACGUCUGCGCCGCCGAGCCGCUGCCGCACCUCAGCAUCAAGGACACCCCCAUUGAGACCUCGUCGGCGCAGUACAUCCUGCAGCAGUACCUAGCUGCCUCCGGGGGGCAGAGGCUGCUCUCCUCUAUCCGGAACGCCUACGCCAUGGGCAAGGUGCGGAUGGUGGCUACUGAGUUCGAGACCGGUGGUCGUGUCGUGAGGAACCGCAUGGCGGCGCAACGGGCUGAGCCUGGCCGGUUCGUGCUGUGGCAGAUGGCCCCGGAGAUGUGGUACAUUGAGUUGGCCGUCGGUGGGAGCAAGGUGCACGCCGGCUGCAACGGCAAGCUUGUGUGGCGCCAUACACCAUGGCUCGGCGCGCAUGCCGCCAAGGGCCCUGUUCGCCCACUGCGCCGUGCUCUUCAGGGUUUGGAUCCGUUGACUGCAGCAAGCAUGUUUGCUGGUGCAAGGUGCAUUGGCGAGAGGAAGGUGAAUGGGGAGGAUUGCUUCAUUCUGAAGCUGUGUGCUGAUCCUGAGAUGCUGAGAGCGCGCAGCGAGGGGCUUGCAGAGAUCAUCCGGCAUGUCCUUUUUGGGUACUUCAGCCAGAAGACCGGGCUUCUUGUCCAUCUUGAGGACUCACACCUCACCAGAAUCCAGUCAACAACAGGAGGAGAUGCAGUUUACUGGGAGACUACCAUCAAUUCCUUCAUCGAGGACUACCGUCCAGUUGAGGGCAUUAUGAUUGCACAUUCUGGGCGCUCAGCCGUGACCCUGUUCCGUUUUGGGGAGGCGGCUAUGAGCCACACCAAGACUCGUAUGGAGGAGGCAUGGAGUAUUGAGGAGGUUGCGUUCAAUGUCCCUGGCCUCUCCAUGGAUUGUUUCAUCCCGCCCACCGAUAUCAAGUCUGGAUCUGUCAGUGAGACUGUUGAGCUUCCGCAAGGUGAGAAGAGCAAGGUCGGUCUUCUCCCAUGCCAUCGUGCUAAGGUUGCAGCUCUAGAGAAGGCGGAUGAUAACGUUGCGUGGAGUGGAGCCCUACAGCUAGACUGCAAGUGAUUGGUAGCCCGUCCAUACUCAGCUUCUUGCAUUCCAACUGACUGAUUUUGAUGGAUGUAGGGUAGAGAAACAAAGAGCUAAGGAGGAUUUGGAGCUUUACCAUUCCAAGUAUCCUCUGUAAAUAGGAAGCUUAAGGCGCUCACAUGGCCUUCCAUAUCCCAGAGGAGGCCUUGUGUGAAGAAUCCUGGCUGAUCUCAUCCUGAGAUUUGGUAGUAGGUAGUCUUGUCUGUAACUUGUGUCUUUCUUCUGUCGGUACCUCAUGGAUGAAGAACCGUGGGUGUUCUCCAUCUAACCACAUGAUACGGAUCAUGGCGGUGGUGCUUCUUUCUGUCAUAGUCACACUAAUCAUCGGAGGCCAGCGAGGAAGAAGGAUUUCUUCGCGGGCAAUUGAGAGUGAUUUCAUCGUCGUUGAGUCUAAUUAGCAGCAGUCCAGUACGGUUGGGUUGGUGAUAGUCUGUGGUCAAACUAACUUUUAGGGGGGGAAUUAUGUAAGCUGUGGGUGGUCCUGAUGGGGGUCAGGCUGUGUACCCUUUUCCUUCACAUCUCUCUUAUUUAGUAUGAGAUGGUGGUUGUAUUCUACAGAAGUUUGAUGUAAGCCAAAACUUCUAUGAAUAUCAUGGCUUGAAUUGUUUUUUUGUUGUGCA